AUCCUCGCUCUGUUUCGGGCCGUAUGCCCCAGUCCGGACUCCGGAGUUCCCACACCAGCCCGCGGGCUCGAUAUUUGCUUUCGCAAUUUCCUCUCGUCGCUCGCCGCUAGGCUCUAGCGCCUGGUCACUCGCAGUCGCAGCGGAGAUUUUGGCCCCGUGUGCCGUGUUCGUGUUGCAGCCUGGUUCCGAUCAACCGCUUCCUGGCUAUCUCGGCGUCCUUCGAGCGCCGCUGCGGGUGCUGGCUCGGCGGGUGCGGCGACAUCUGCUCCUGCGCCGAGGGUGUUCGACGGAAUGACGCAUAAUGAGAGAGCGAUGCAAUGCAAAAGUUUCUGAUUUUCUGAAGGUGGACAAACAUGCUGAAACAUUCACAGUUCAGUCUGCAGAGAAUUUUUUCUGCUCUUAGCGUCAAGCAAAUUCCACUUCCUUUUUGUAAGUACAAAUCCCACUUUGUGAAGUUUGCCUAAAAGUAAAACUGAGAGAGUUUGGGGCAGCUGCCUUGCUUGGAUGGGCAUUUGGUUUAACCAUCAAUCUAUAAAACAGUGUGCCUGUUCUCUUAUUGCUGUACUCUCCGGAAUUCAUUUUGGUGCUCGUUCUUUUUGUAACAAGCUAAACAAUGGAAUUGCCCUAAAGGAUAGAAGCCUUAUUAGGUUUGACAGGAAUUUGAUUGACAUGUUUACGCUACAUGAACUUUUGCAACAGUGUACACAGAAGAGGUCCCUCUUGGUUGGGAAAGGCUGCCAUGGUUUAGCCAUCCAUUUGGGUUUGGUAACUGAUACUGUCACAUGCAAUAUUCUCAUCAACUUGUAUACAAAAUGUGGUAGGAAUGAUUGCGCUCGCCAUGUUUUUGACUCAAUGUCUUUCAGAAGCAUAGUCUCAUGGAAUACCAUGAUUGCUGGGUAUACCUGCAAUGGAGAUGGUUUACAGGCUCUGAAGCUUUUUUCAAAGAUGCACCAAGAAGGGACACAGAUGAGUGAAUUUACCCUGUCCAGCACCCUAUGUGCAUGUGCUGCAGAAUGUGCUACUAUAGAAUGCAGACAAUUACAUGCUAUAGCAAUGAAGCUUGCAUUGGACUCAAAUAGUUUUGUUGGAACUGCUGUUCUUGAUGUUUAUGCGAAGUGUAAUAUGAUUAAUGAUGCCUGUUUGGUUUUUGAGAAGAUUCCUGAGAAAACUGCAGUUACAUGGAGUACAUUGUUUGUAGGACUCAUGCAAAAUGGUCUUCACGAAGAUGCAUUACGUCUAUUCCAGGGUUCACAAAGGGAAGGGAUACAAUUGACUGAAUUCACUCUUUCUGCUAUACUCAGUACAUGUGCAAGCCUAGCAUUGAUGAUUGAAGGAAUGCAGCUGCAUGCAGAUGUUAUCAAGUAUGGUUUUAAUAACAAUUUGUUUGUGGCAUCAUCUCUUGUGGAUGUUUAUGCAAGGUGUGGGCAGAUUGAGAAAGCCUAUCUAGUAUUUGCUGACAUGAAACACAAGAAUGUUGUCCUGUGGAAUGCAAUGAUAACUAGUUUUACUAGGCAUGGUAAAUCUUUGGAAGCAAUGAUUCUCUUUGAGAAAAUGCAGCAGUCAGGGAUAUCUCCAAAUGAAGUUACUUAUGUCUCCAUGAUGUCGGUGUGUGGUCAUGCAGGUUUAGUUGAAGAGGCCCGAUGCUACUUUGAUCUGCUGGUUACUGAUCAGACUGUUAAACCUAAUAUUGUUCACUAUUCUUGCAUGGUUGAUGUUUUGGGGCGAUCUGGGAAGACUGAUGAGGCUUGGGAACUGAUUCAACAAAUGCCAUUUGAACCAACUCCUUCUAUGUGGGGAUCUUUGCUUGGUUCAUGCCGUAAGUACAGGAAUGUCGGAAUAGCCAGACUAGCAGCUGAACAGCUUUUCAAACUUGAACCAGAAAAUGGUGGGAACCAUGCUUUGCUUUCGGAUGUAUAUGCUGCCAGCGGAAGCUGGGAGAAUGCUGUGUUGGCAAGGAAGUAUUUGAAUGAUACUGGUGCAAGGAAAGAUACAGCCUCAAGUUGGAUGUAGGCAAAGCCGCAAAGGUUAAUUCUCAUAUUAUUGUUUAUGAGCAAAAAGAGGAGCUGUUUGUGCAGACUAUCAUUUAACUAUUUAAGUACAGCCCAUGUUCUUAUGUGGACUUCUGGUAAUUGAGAACUAAAUGAGGAAUAGCAAGCAUUUAUCCGUGACUCUCCAACGCUCUUACACACUCAUCAUAUAUUAAAUUGUUGCCAUGUGGUAGUGGCAGUGUGGCACGCUGCACAGGAGGUAAAUGUCAGCACUUCUACUGUUAACAUUGUCAGUGAAGUCAAUAGUAUUAAUGUCAUGCUCCUGGCCCCAUCUAGUGUAAUAUCAACACUAUCAUUUGAAUGUUAAUUAUAAGAGUAGGUAGUGUCAAGGGCGGACCUAGGUAGAGACUAGUGAGGGACAGGCCACCGCUCAAUUCUCUGUUGUAAGUAGUAGAGCAUAGAUUUUCACCAUAAAGUUCCUUGCUCAAUCCAACUUAGAUGUCCAUGCUCUAUCAUUUUGGUGCUCGUCCUUACAAGUAUGCCCUCAGUUCUAUUUUGUCCUAGGGGUGGUAUUUUGUCCUAGGUCCGCCCCUGGGUACUAUGACCUACAAAAGCAUGCCUUGUACAGUGCUUUUGUCAUUAUACAUCAUAAGCCACUGUUUCCGAGCACUAGCAAUGAACCAUUUAUGUAGUACAUUACCAUCUUGUGGCUUUGAUGUCUUGCACCCAUUCCAGUUACCAGUUAUUCUAGUACAUUGCCAUCUUGUUGCUUUUCUGAUCAGUAAUUUUAAGAUCUGUUCAACUCUCUGCACUAUACAGUGUAACAUAUGAAGUACCAAUAAAGUGAAAAUACUCGUCACCUGAUCAUCUUUGCCAGCUUAGCUAUGCAUAGUUUGGUACAACCUGACAUAUCCUAGAUCCUACAGAGCCUCGACUGGUCCAGCAUCUGCUCAUGUUUACAUCUGUCCCUCCAGAAAUGUACUGCGCGCGUACAAAAAGCUGGCAUCUAGAACCACUAGCAGGUACAGAGGAAAAGGCAAAUAAUAGACACUAGAGAUCAUUGACUAUUCAUCAGCAUUUUGUAGGCCCGACCAGUUUCAUGGGCCAGGCCUCAGGUACCUCAAUUAUGCUGGGAGGCUGGGACUCGUCCACUCAUGUGCGUGAUGCUUCAUGCACAUUCAUAUCGGUCUCUCGGAUUCUCGGUUAGUAGUGGUCAUCAUUGUCUGCUUUCAUCAGACAUUGUCAGAGUAAUUCUUGAUUCUCCUUGCUCUUGCUGAUCACCCGUAGCCGUAGCCAUACAUAAUUUAUUUUAUCCUGGAGUGACAUUGAAAUCGAACCUUUUAAGGUGAUUAUUAGAGAAAGGGUUUCUUACUUUGUUCGCAGACAAGAAAAGAGCUAGUACAUAUUUACCUGGACCGUACCUUUACUUGGA